GACUGCGGAGCCAUUGAUACUAUGAUCCGAGAGCUGUCCGUAUAUGAGAAGAAGCCGGACGGACCCAAAUUAGACCGACAGGUGCUCGAGAGGGACGGCUUUGACCGGUUGGGCGACCCAUUGUUUCGCACGUUUGUGGCCGAAAGGACCGCCGAUGACGGCAGCCGAGAGCCGAUCGGUUACGCUCUCUAUUACAGCAAAUACAACACAUGGGAGGGCAGGACUCUGUGGAUGGAAGAUCUGUAUGUAAAGUCCGAGUACAGGGGGUCUGGAGUGGGGUUCGCUUUGAUGCAAGCGGUGACCAAACAGACUGUAGACGAGGGAUGCGCUCGACUCGAGUGGAAUUGUUUGGAUUGGAAUCAGAAGUUUUACAAGAAGUUGGGAGCCAUUAAUUCAACGGAAACGGACGGCUUGCUGUGUUACCCGAUGUUCACUAUAAGAGAGGGCCGGAAAACGGACUGUCGGCAAUUAGUAGACAUGAUUGUGGAGUUGGGCCACUACUUUAAGACAGUCACCGGUGUCGACAACAAACAGACUGUCUCUCCGGUGGUUAGUAUCGGACAGUUGGAAGAGAACGGGUUCUGUGCCGACGAAUCGCGGCGAAUGUUCAGCACAUUUGUGGCCGAAUCGGUGGCCGAUCCGAACCAACUCGUGGGCUAUACUAUGUAUUACCCGAAGUUCUCGACGUGGACGGGGAGGGGUGUGUGGAUGGAGAGCCUGUAUGUGAGGCAGGAGUUUAGAGGGACGGGUGCCGGCGCCGCACUUAUGGCCGCUGUGGCUAAGAAAGCGCUGACUGACGGCUGUGAGCGCUUUGAGUGGGACUCCUAUGAGUGUAAUCACGGAUCGAUGGCUUUUUACAAGAAGUUGGGAUCCAUUGAUACGACCCAUGAUUACCAAAUCGUUGGCCGGAAAGAGGACUGUCGGCAAUUGGUGGACAUGUUUGCCGAGUUGGGCGCACACCAGAAGUCGACCGCCGAUCCCGACACCAAAUGGACGGACGAUCCGAUAGUUAGUGUCCAACAGUUAGAAGAGGACGGCUUUUGUGCCGAAGAAUCGCAGCGACAGUUCCGCAUAUUUGUGGCCCAAUCGGUGGCCGAUCCGCAGACACUCGUCGGUUACGUAUUGUAUUACCCGAAGUACUCGACGUGGACGGGAAGGGGUGUGUGGAUGGAGAGCCUGUAUGUGAAGAGGGAGUGCAGGGGAACGGGUGCCGGAGUGGCACUCAUGGCCGCAGUGGCCAACAGAGCGCUGACCGACGGCUGUCAGCGCUUUGAGUGGGACUGCUUUGAGUUGAAUCACGGAUCAGUCGCUUUCUACAAGAAGUUGGGACCAAUUGAUAUCACACAUGACGAUCAGACUGUUGUCUUCAGACUCAACGCACCUGAGAUGAGACAAUUGGCCGCCAGAGCUAAACGAUCAUAA